AGCUUCGUCUUGGAUGAAACUUAUCCAGGUUAAAUUCAGUCAGAAGGCUCUUUUCUGACUGGGAAUAAUUUCUUCCGGUUAAAGAAGAAACGUGAGAUUUCCCACAUAGCUUUGUUUUGAUUGUUGGAGUCUGGAAUUCGUCAGAAUUGUCUGUCUUCCAGCAGCUCAGACAGAGCGAGGAUUUUUAUGCUAGCUCAGCUGGAUAAGUGAUCCGUUUUUUUUAUACGGAUUAACAGGCAAACAUCCUCCUGUCUACAUUCAUCAUUUUCUUAUCUAUACAGCUAAAGAGAUUUGUCAAAGUAACAGCAAUUGAGAUAACCUAGGUGAGAAUGACAAUUAAGAAGAUCAUGGAUGUACAAGAAGGGACUUUAUCUCUAGACAUGUUUCAGAAAAUAAUGAAUGGGAUUAACUCAAUAAAACAAGAACUGAGAAAUAAUAGACAAGCGUGGAGAAUUGAAUUUCACGAAAUGAGACAGGAGCUGAAAGAAACUCAGGAUUCUAUGAGAAAGGAGAAUAAAGAUAGAUCUGGAAAACAAAAAAAGGAUGAAAGAGAAAUUAAAGGCAAGGUUCAAACUAUGGAGAUUGGCUUAAUUAUGGACAUGAAAAAAGAUUUGGAUUUCCUGGCUGUGAUGGAUCCUGGAGACAAAUAUUACAGUUUGGAAUUCAGCGCUGCCCCUGAAGGAAUUGAAGAGAUUGGAGAUAAAGAUAUUAUCGGUUCAAAAAAAUUCUUGGACUGGAAGGAUUUGAUGGAACUUGAAAUGGAGAAAGUUAACAGAAUUAAUCCCUGUUUUGUGUCAAUGGAAAAACCUUCAAGAGAUGUACUAGUGUAUCAUGUGGAAAAGAGGAACAGAGAUGCGGCUUUGCAACAAUACUUCAGUGAUACGUUUGGAUUUGGUGGCAAGAAAAUAUCUGUGAUGGAGGAAAUUCCAAUCAGACUUUUAUUAUAUGACUAUGACAGCAAGAUUUUUGGGUGCGUAAAGAUGGAAGAUGCAAGAUGGACCCAAUAUGGAUAAUGACAGAAGAGCGAUUUAAAAUUACUGGACUUAGUAGAUUUGAUCAGUUGGAUUAAUUGGCAU